AGCUAACUUAACCCAGCUAUGUCCAUCUCUUCGUCUAACACUCGCACAAAUUCCCUGGCAUUCGCCAAAACGGACUGCCAUACUUGUACCGCCCAUCGGCGUCAGUGUGACAGAAAGCGGCCAAGAUGCUCGACUUGUUCUGGCAAGGACAUUCUAUGCGGUGGUUAUCCCAUGCAGCUAACAUGGUCCAGAAGCGAAUCAUUUCAACGAAGAGCUGAUUUGUCCUUUGUUCGUGGAGACGACCCUUUUUAUCUUGAGCCUCUGUCAUUUCAAGCCUCUUUACAUGCACGUAGCGGGUUCUCUAGGUCUGUCAGUCAAAGAUAUCAAAAGCUGGAAUUCGUCUCCAAGGGAAUCUCGGAUCAGAAGCAGACAUCUGCAUCGUGCAAGCCACGGACAAGAAGGAGACUUUCAUCUUGUUAUGAGAUUGAACCACGAGUACCUUCCAAGCAAAGGAGCAUCUCACGGGACACUACCGACCAUGAAAUUACAUCGAGAAGCCCUCUUUUUACAUCUUCAAGUGGCGGGACUGUUAACAAUGAACACAUCGACGUGUCUGAUCCCUUCUCUAUGGGAUUUCCACAUGACUGCUUCUUCAGCAGUCUCGAACACUGGAGCCUACCUCCAAUUGAAAAUAUAGGCCUCGAGCAGGCUGAGACUUGUUUACCCAGUGAUACUCGUCAUGAUUUGGAAAGAGCGGCUGCACCUUCGCCUAUGGAUCAAGUCGACUCUACGUUCAUAGAUCCACGCCAACUGAUGGUCUUGCGGAGUCCCGUUCUAUAUGAGGAUCUAUACGGGAAAUAUGAACAAUUGCUCAAUAUGUACGAUCAAGAAUUCUGUGUUAUACCACUGAGUGGAGAUAUUCCCAGCAAUCCUCUACGAUGCCGCAUAGAAACCUGCCACAGAUCCCGGUCCUUGUUACAUGCCAUUUUAGCUGUAUCUUGCUAUCAUGCACGGAGACAAGAAAAAAGUGGCUAUCUAAACUCUGAAAUUGAUGACCACUAUAAAGCUGCUCAAAAUCUAUAUCACAAGGACCUGGAUUCUGAUCUAACACGGACAGUGCAUCUUCUUGAUACGACCAUGAUACUAUUCUUAUUUAGGGCAACACAGUCCGCUUUUAGUAAUUGGACCACUCACAUUUCCGACGCCGGAAAGCUUCUCCAUAUUUGUGGUGGUCCUGAGUUUUGGGCCAACAACAGAAGAGUUCAAGCCCAGGUUGCCCUACUUCUGUGGUGGGAUGCAACUAUAGCCCUUAUCUCACGACAGGGUUGCAUGCUCCCAUACUCCUACUUCGAGUCUCUGCUGGCUCUAGAGAACAACAAGUAUUGGAGUUUCUUUGAUCUCGUCGGCUGUCCCAGAGACCUGAUCAUUCAUCUGAUGCAGCUGACAAAUCUUGCUCGGGAGAACGAACAGGCGCUUUCAAUGCGUUGUACGAAAUUCGAUCCAGCACUUGUUAAUAACACCCGUGCUUCUAUUAGUGAAUGGAGAAACCCUAGUACCCCGAUUGAUAAUAACCUCCCCGAAGAAGCAAUGCAGCAGCAACGCGAUCGAUGGAAUUGCACUGAGACAUGGCGAUACGGCCUCCUGAUCUAUAUCACCCGGGUGUUUCUGUGGAAUCGAGAAUCGAAUCCACCCAAUAUACUGGUCACCUAUGCAAGACUGAUCUUCGAACAUGUUCAAAGUUGUCGUCGUACAUCUAUAGUUGCGAAACAGGCUUUCUUCCCAUUAUUUCUUGCUGGGUGUGAGACAAAAGAUCCCUUUUUGAGACAAAGUAUCCGAGAAUUCUGUCAAUACUGGGAUAGACGCUCGGGCUAUAAUCUGUUCAAUAGUGCCUCUUCAUUACUUGAGGAGAUAUGGAGGGAAAGGAGUGUGUCUUCUAAUGAUGGGGUCUGGUGGGGGUCUAUUAUUGACAAGAAACAGCAAGCUUGUCAACUUCAUGGAAUUCAGAUGCGAUUUUGCUUUGGAUAACUAGGUAUCAGGUAUCACGGCAUCAUGAGUCUGCAACCAAAAGCCGUCGGCACAAUAUUUUUUUGAGUUUACCUCAAACCGGCGUCUCUCUUUGCCACCUCUUUCACUUUGUUAGUCUUGUGCCCACAGUCCAACUCCCAAGAACAGCCAGCACUUUA